UCUCCGCAAUAUUUCCUCCAAUGAAAUAACUUGUUGUAUUAUCUGGUGAACGAUUCCGCACGAGAUAUAAAAACAUUUUGCAGACGGCAGCGAAUUCACAAGAACUAGCUCUUCCAUACCUGUAAAGGGCUUGUUCGAGUCUUGGCAUAAAGCUAGUGGAGGUUGUCUCGGAAUUUUCGUAUUUUUAUCAUCUUAGUAACAAACCAAAACUGCAGUCAUGGCUACCGACUGGAGUCAAGAUCCCGAAUUUCAAUACCUUGCUGUAGAUCACAAGAAGGUGAUGAAAGAGGCCAAGCCGUUCGACGGCAAGAAAGCAUGUUGGGUACCAGACGAGAAAGAAGGCUUCAGCCGAGCCGAAAUUCAAUCAACUAAAGGUGAAGAGGUCACCGUAAAGCUGGAGAAGAAUAAUGACAUCAAGACAUUCAAGAAGGACGAUGUACAGCAGGUCAACCCUCCCAAGUUCGAGAUGACAGAGGACAUGGCCAACAUGACCUACCUGAACGAAGCCUCUGUGUUGCACAAUCUCAGAUCCAGAUACUACUCUGGAUUCAUCUAUACGUACUCUGGCCUGUUCUGCGUGGCUGUGAACCCCUAUCGCCGUCUGCCCAUUUACCUUGACUCGAUCAUCGCCAAGUACCGUGGCAAGAGGAAGUUGGAAAUGCCACCUCACUUGUUCUCAAUCGCUGACAAUGCCUACCAGUACAUGUUGCAAGAUCGUGAAAACCAGUCCAUGUUGAUCACGGGUGAAAGUGGUGCCGGUAAAACAGAGAGCACGAAGAAAGUUAUCAAAUAUUUUGCCAUUGUGGCCGCCAAUAUCUACAAAAAGGGAGAGACGAUAAAAAUAGACUCUAAAACACAAGACACUCCCUAUGCCGCAAAUCUUGAGGAUCAAAUUAUUCAAGCCAACCCAGUGUUGGAAGCCUUUGGCAACGCAAAGACUAUAAGAAAUAACAACUCUUCUAGAUUUGGUAAAUUCAUCCGUAUCCAUUUUGGACCCACUGGAAAAAUUGCUGGAGCUGAUAUUGAAACAUAUCUGUUGGAGAAAUCCCGUGUGACGUUCCAGCAGUCUGCCGAGAGAAACUACCAUAUAUUCUACCAGAUGCUCUCGCCAGCCUUCCCGAAAUAUCACGAGCUUUGCUUGGUGUCAGCGGAUCCAGGACUGUAUUCCUUCAUCAACCAGGGUGUGCUAACCGUUGACGGUAUCGACGAUAACGAAGAAAUGCACAUCACUGACGAAGCCUUUGACAUCCUUGGUUUCACUAACGAGGAGAAGACCAGCAUGUUCAAAUGUACUGCCGCUAUCAUCCAUUUCGGUGAGAUGAAGUUCAAGCAGAGACCUAGAGAAGAGCAGGCCGAACCCGACGGAACGGCAGAGGCUGAGAAGGUUGCAUUCUUGCUUGGUGUCAACGCCGGUGACUUGUUAAAGGGUCUUCUUAAACCCAAGAUUAAGGUCGGAAGUGAGUUCGUGACUCAGGGUCGUAACAAAGACCAAGUCCUGUACUCCGUGAGUGCUUUGGCCAAAUCUCUCUACGACCGUAUGUUCGCAUGGUUGGUCAAGAGAGUAAACAAGACCCUGGACACAAAGGCAAAGAGAAACUACUUUAUUGGUGUGUUGGACAUUGCCGGUUUCGAGAUUUUUGACUUCAACAGUUUUGAGCAGUUGUGUAUCAACUACACCAAUGAAAGAUUACAGCAAUUCUUCAACCACCACAUGUUCAUUCUGGAACAAGAAGAAUACAAAAAGGAGGGAAUUCAGUGGGAAUUUAUUGACUUUGGUAUGGACUUGCAAGCCUGUAUCGAUCUCAUUGAGAAGCCUAUGGGUAUCUUGUCAAUUCUUGAGGAAGAAUGCAUGUUCCCUAAGGCUUCCGACAAGACAUUUAUGGAGAAGUUGUACACUAAUCAUCUGGGAAAAUCUAGCCUCUUCAACAAGCCCGUGAAAAGCAGAAAGGGUGGUGCUGAUGCUCACUUUGAGCUGGGUCACUAUGCUGGUGCUGUACCAUACAACAUUAAUGGUUGGUUGGACAAGAACAAGGACCCUCUGAACGAGACAGUAGUUGCUCUCCUUGAACAGUCCAAGGAAGCCCUUGUGUCUACCCUCUUUGCGCACCCUGCAGACGAGACUACUACUGGGACACAUAAGAAGAAGAAGUCAGCUUCUUUCCAGACAAUUUCUGCUACCCACAGGGAAUCUCUGAACAAACUCAUGAAGAACUUGUACACAACUCACCCUCACUUCGUGCGUUGUAUUAUCCCCAACGAGACAAAGACGCCAGGUGUGAUUGACGCUCCACUUGUACUCAACCAGUUGAAGUGCAAUGGUGUGCUUGAAGGUAUCCGUAUUUGUAGAAAAGGAUUCCCUAACAGGAUCAUCUACUCGGAAUUCAAACAGAGAUACUCCAUUCUGGCCCCCAACGCCAUUCCCCAAGGGUUUGUCGAUGGAAAGCAGGUCACUGACAAGAUUUUGACAGCUUUGCAGAUGGACCCUAACGAGUACCGUCUCGGUUCCACCAAAGUUUUCUUCAAAGCUGGUGUGUUGGGUAUGCUUGAGGACAUGCGUGAUGAACGUCUCUCCAAAAUCAUCUCCCUCUUCCAAGCCCAUAUUAGAGGUUACCUCAUGCGCAGACAGUACAAGAAACUGCAAGACCAGAGAAUUGGUCUAUCCGUAAUCCAGAGGAACAUCCGAAAAUGGAUGGUUCUGAGGAACUGGCAGUGGUGGAAACUUUACACCAAGGUCAAGCCUCUUCUCAACGUUGCUCGUGCCGAGGACGAGAUGAGGAAGAAGGAAGAAGAGCUCGAGAAAACCAAAGCUGAGUUGGCAAAGGUCGAAAAAAUCAAGAAGGAAUUAGAAGAACAGAAUGUUACACUUCUGCAGCAAAAGAAUGACAUGUAUCUGCAGUUGCAAGCUGAACAGGAUACUUUGAUCGAUGCUGAGGAGAAAAUUGAAAGACUCAUUCAACAGAAAGCAGACUUUGAGCAACAACUGAAAGAUCUUGAAGAGAGACUUCUUGAUGAGGAAGAUGCAGCUGCUGAACUCGAGUCAGUGAAGAGGAAAAUGGAACAGGAAGCAGUUGAACUUAAAAAAGACAUUGAAGACCUUGAAACAGCUCUUGCAAAGGCUGAAACUGAAAAGAACACGAAGGACAACCAGAUCAAGACUUUGCAAGAUGAAAUGGCACAGCAAGAUGAACAAAUUGCUAAACUGUCAAAGGAAAAGCGAAACAUGGACGAGCAACAAAAGAGAACAGAGGAAGCCCUCCGAGUUGAAGAAGACAAAGUUAACAAUCUCACAAGAAUAAAGGGAAAACUCGAGGUUACCCUGGACGAGCUUGAAGACAAUCUGGAGCGUGAAAAGAAGGUUCGUGCUGAUGUAGAAAAGGCCAAGAGAAAGGUAGAACAAGACCUCAAAUCCACACAAGAAACUGUUGAAGAUCUGGAACGCGUAAAGAGAGAUCUUGAGGAGAAUGUCAGGAGAAAAGACAUGGAGGUCAAGAACCUGAACUCUAAACUUGAAGAUGAGCAGAGCUUAGUCGCUCAGCUUCAGAGAAAGAUUAAGGAACUGCAGGCCCGCAUUGAGGAGUUAGAGGAAGAACUUGAAGCGGAGAGAGCUGCAAGAGCAAAGGUCGAGAAACAGAGAGCUGAGCUUAAUCGUGAACUUGAAGAGCUCAGUGAACGUCUCGAUGAGGCAGGCGGAGCAACCACUGCUCAAGUUGAGCUCAACAAGAAGCGGGAACAGGAACUUCUCAAGCUCAGACGUGACCUUGAGGAACAGAGUCUUCAGCACGAGUCCCAGAUCAGCGCACUCCGCAAGAAGGCCCAAGAUGCCAGCAAUGAGAUGGCAGAUCAGAUUGACCAGCUUCAGAAGAUAAAACAAAAAGUUGAGAAAGAAAAGCAACAGUAUAAGGGAGAAAUUGAUGAUCUUCAAGCACAAAUUGAACAUAUUUCAAAGAACAGGGGUAUGUCUGAGAAAAUGUCUAAACAAGUUCAAGCCCAAAUUGAUGAGCUAAACUCUCGCCUAGAAGAAAGUGCCCGUACUAUCCAAGACCUCCAGAGCCAGAAGGCUAGGGCACAGAAUGAGAACAGCGACCUUACCCGACAGCUCGAGGACGCUGAAAGCCGUGUUAACCAGCUCAACAAAGAACGACAAAACCUUAUGCAACAACUCGAGGAUGCCAAACGCAGUCUUGAGGAAGAAACAAGGGCUCGCCAAAAGAUGCAGAGCGAGAUCCGCAGUCUCACCUCCGACCUCGAUUCUGUUCGUGAACAGCUUGAGGAGGAGAUGGAAUCCAAGGGUGAUAUGCAGAGGCAGUUGUCAAGGGCCAACGCUGAGGCUCAACAGUGGCGUGUUAAAUACGAGAGCGAGGGCAUGGCUCGUGCAGAGGAACUCGAGGAUGCUAAGCGCAAGCUCCAGGCCAAACUUCAGGAAGCUGAACAAGCUGCUGAGGCUGCCAACUCUAAGGUCAGUCAGCUUGAGAAGACAAAGAGCAGGCUUGCUGGAGAGCUCGAGGACCUUAUGAUCGAUGUAGACAGAGCCAAUGCUAAUGCUAACAACCUUGAAAAGAAACAGCGUGGCUUUGACAAAACUAUUGCAGAAUGGGAAGCACGUGUCCGUGACCUCCAGAGUGAACUUGAGAAUGCACAGAAGGAGGCCCGCAGCUACUCAGCCGAACUGUACAGAACCAAGGCCCAGGCAGAAGAGGCUAAUGACACAAUUGACUCUCUUAAGAGAGAGAACAAGAAUUUAGCUGACGAAAUUCAUGAACUUACCGACCAGCUGACAGAAGGAGGCAGAAGUGUACAUGAAGUCGAGAAGGCACGCCGCCGCCUUGAGAUGGAAAAGGACGAAUUACAAGCUGCACUGGAAGAAGCAGAGUCUGCUCUUGAACAGGAAGAAGCUAAGGUGUCACGUGCCCAACUUGAAAUUGCAGCCAUCCGACAGGAGAUUGACAGACGCAUUGCUGAGAAAGAAGAAGAAUUCGAGAACACAAGACGCAACCACCAGAGAUCUAUGGAUUCCAUGAAUGCUAGUCUUGAGGCUGAAGCCAAGGGCAAGGCAGAAGCUCUCAGAAUUCGUAAGAAACUUGAACAAGACAUUAACGAACUUGAAGUUGCUCUUGAUGGCGCAAACCGAGGUAGAGUUGACAUGGAAAAGAACUGCAAGAGAUUACAGGAACAGGGUCGUGAACUCCAGAGCACUAUUGAAGAAGAACAACGUAACACACAAGAGGCUCGUGAAGCUUACAAUAUGGCUGAGCGCCGUGUAGCUGUUAUCCAAGGCGAAUGCGAAGAGAUCCGUUCUGCCCUCGAAUCUGCCGAGAGAGGCCGCAAAGCAGCUGAAAAUGAACUUAUUGACACCAAUGACCGCGUUAACGAGCUUGCUGCUCAAGUUCAAUCUCUUGGAGGACAGAAGAGAAAGCUGGAGGGAGAUAUUGCUGCCAUGCAGGGUGAUCUUGAGGAGAUGAACAAUGAAGUAAGAGGUGCUGAUGAGAGGGCGAAGAAGGCUGUUGCCGACGCCGCCCGUCUUGCUGAUGAACUUCGCGCUGAGCAGGAACACGGCUCUCAGGUGGAGAAGAUGCGCAAGGCUCUCGAACAGCAAAUCAAAGAACUUACAGUCCGUCUCGAUGAAGCUGAGGCACAAGCACUCAAGGGAGGCAAGAAGAUGAUUGCCAAGUUGGAAAUCAGAGUGCGCGAACUUGAGACGGAGUAUGACAAUGAACAGAGACGCCAUGCAGAGACACAGAAGAACAUGCGAAAGGCUGAUCGCCGUCUCAAGGAGCUGGCCUUCCAGGCUGAUGAAGACAGAAAGAACCAGGAACGCCUACAGGAACUAAUUGACAAGCUCCAGAACAAGAUCAAAACAUACAAACGCCAAGUCGAAGAGGCUGAGGAAGUUGCCGCUAUAAAUCUUGCUAAAUACCGCAAGGUACAGAAUGAGCUGGAAGACGCCGAGGAACGCGCUGAUUCUGCGGAGAACUCCCUGCAGAAACUGCGUGUAAAGAACCGCAGCUCCGUGUCCGCAUCACGCACAAGUGCUAGUCCCGCUGGUGGAACUGCUUCUAUUUCUAUUCGGGAGAGUCAUCACCAAUACUCCAGCACUACUCACACUGAAUAAAUUGUUGGAUCUUUGUCUCCUUACUACAAAUCUACAACAACUAGAAGCUCACACUUAGGACUUAACACAUCUUAUCGUUCUGUUGCGUCGUCCAAUGGGGGUGAUGAUGAAGACUAUUAAAACAAAUUAUACAUAUACCCGGAUUUUGUUCUAGCUGCCAUACAUGUGUGUUUUUCUACUCAUCCACUUAUAGCAGAUUAUAUAUAACUGACAGUAAAAGGAUAAAAUCUUCAAAUAAGACGUUUAUAAAACACUUUCACCCAACAACUAGACAUUACAGUGACAAUAUGCCAAGACAGAGAAGACAACCUCGAAAAGUGUUAUAGACGUCUAUAUUUCAAGAUUUUGACCAAGUCAUGUACAUGGACGAUGAAAUCAGGAGUGAUGCGUUUAUGCUGUUUGCAUGUUUAUGCGCUAUUUAUUAUGUAUUUAUACACAUAUGUAUUAACUAUUAGAUUGCCGUAGUGGAGAUGCAGAGAAAUUCACACAUUUUUCUUUGAUCUCUGAUGAGCGCUAUCCCCGGAGCACUCAACAGGAUCAUCUAUGAUCCCUCAUUGGACAAACGUUAUGUACGUACUCUAGUGUAACUGUGUGGCGUUAUUUAUUUAUUGUCACUGUCGCACAUUUACUAUCAAUAUUUGUUAAGCAUAAGUAAUGACCUUUAAAAAUAAAUCGCAUUAGGAAUUAAA